AUGGUAAACAAGAACUGGGCUUUAAUGGCGGUUUUCUCAUUCUUGGUUGCCAGCGUUGUGACAACAAUGGCAGCGCAAACAGAAUCUGCCCCUGGUAAUGCUUCUCAAUUUCGUACGCCCCUUCGAUAUGAUUAUUAUGAGGAGAAAUGUGGGAAUGUUGAGAACUUUGCGAGGAGAAUGAUGCUGAGAAUUGUUCAGCUGCAACACAACGCCCCAGCACAACUCUUACGCCUUCUCUUCCAUGAUUGUUUCAUUCGGGGUUGUGAUGCAUCUGUUCUGCUAGCUGACAGUAAUAACGAGAAUGGGACUGUUGAACGUGACGCCAUCCCAAAUAGGACAUUGAAAGGCUUUGAUUUCAUUGAUAUGAUAUAA